UUAAAGGCAUGAUUGGGUGUAGCGGAUGAGGGGAUCCAGUUUUCAGUACCCGUAGUAUCUAAACCGCCCUGCCAUUUCGAAUUCCCCGCCUGACUCGCUGUGGAAGCAGGUCCGUGGCAAAGAGAAAGGCACGCGACGCGCGUCCCCGCCAGCUCCGAGCCUCCGAAGGCAGUCGACUGGGAGGCGACCGCCAUGGCCACCGGCUCCGGCUGCGUCCCCGGCGCUCUGCGCUUGGUUUCGUCGCGAGGACAGCCCUCCUCCUCCUCCUCCUCCCGCGCCCUGGUUCGUCUCCGCCCGCGCGUCGCCUCGUUCGCAGCCCCGCCUCCGCCUCUCCAUCGCGCCCUUCGUCCAGUUCCCGCCCCGCGCAUGACGCUCCGUGCUCCUCUUCCUCCUGCGAGGUGCCAGGGCCCCGCAACUCCGGAGACCCCCUUGGAGCCGCCAAGCCUUUGGCAAAAGGUGUUGCUGGCGUGUAAGCGUGUCUCCUGGAAGCACCUUACUUCACUGGCUCUGCUUAUUGGCUGCAUAGCAGUAGGUUACUUUGGAAACAAAGGGGACCCACGGGCCUUGCUGAUCAUUGAUAUACUUGACAAAGCAAAUAAAACAUACAAGCCUAGUCUGGAGUUCGCAGUUUUACUCAUAGCAGUUUUGGCUUCUCUCUCCUCGAGGUAGACGCAGAUGAUCGCUCAGGUUUUUUUGGGUACAUGUUUUGGACAGCGGGAAGUAAGUGGUACAGUUACUGAGUCUUACCGGAUCUAUUUCUAGAAGUACAGGGUGAAUAUUCCCACCGGUUUUAUCGGAAAUGGAUUGGUUGCACAUACGGCAAUACCGACUUGACUAAUAGCACUAGUUAUGGACUUCCUAAAAUUGCUUUAUCUCGUUACAUCGUUUUACCUGAUGCACCAGGCGUGCGUGCACCUUCUCGUUAUUGACGCUUUAUGCCGUUUCCCGUGAGGUGGAAAUGUCAUGUUUUUCGGUGUUCACUGUGAACGAUGUCAUCUGCUGUGAAUGAUGAACCAUUAUGCUGUAAAGUUGAAAAUGUAUCACCAUCAAUUACGGUUUUAGUGUGGUGUACGUUUUCCAAUAUGAUUGAUCAAAUUCUGUUCAACAAGCCUUGUACCUAUAACUGCCUUACAGGAAGGUGGGAUUUUUAUUCAUUGGCAAUUAUCAA